AUGGCUACCGUAUCCAAACACAAGAAGGUGAGGAUGGUGAAACAGAAGCUCAAACUGUUUCGAGCAAAUGAACCACUGAAAAGUGUACUCAUGUGGGGCAUCAACUAUUCAUUUUCUACCUUAAAUCAUGUUAAACCACGUGUACUAUUACUGAAAGAUGACUUCAAGGCGCAUAUGAAGGUGAAAGUGAAUAAUCACUAUUUCAACAAGGAAAAUAUGCCAAGUAGAUUUAAGUUUAAAGAGUAUUGUCCAAUGGUGUUCAAGUCAUUGAGAGAUCGAUUUGGAGUUAAGAAAAUGGAUUAUUGGGAUGCUUUCACCAGAUAUCAACCAUUAUGGGAUAGUACACGAGGUAAAUCUGGUUCAAAGUUUCUGGUUACCUACAACCGUCAAUUCGUGGCGAAAACGAUCAGUUCUGAAGAAGUGGAACAAAUGCAUCAUAUGCUAGAAGAAUAUUAUUCUUAUAUUGUCAAAGGACAUGGUCAGACGUUGCUUCCUCAAUACUUAGGACUUUAUCGACUCACUGUGAACGACCAAGAGACGUAUAUCCUUGUUAUGAGAAAUGUGUUCAGUCCGAGACUGGCGAUCCACAAGAAAUAUGACCUGAAGGGAUCAGCUGUGGAUCGCGAAGCUAACGAAAAAGAGAAGUCGAAGCCGUUACCGACGCUGAAAGAUGCUGAUUUUCUGACUGAUAUCUGCAAGAUACACAUUGGUGAAGAGGCGAAGAAGAAGCUGUUGAGCACUUUGGAGUCUGAUAUACUGUUUUUACAAGAAAACAAUUUGAUUGAUUACAGUCUUCUAAUCGGUGUCCACGAUCCUGAGAUUGCGCUGACCACUUCAAAUGAGAAUGAUGGUGAUGAUGUAGAAGGGACUGGUGACUCUGUAUUGGAUGCUAGUCGAGCGUUUGAGGAUAAGGUAGUGUCAGCAGGAGAUGGUCUUGGGACACUUGUAUCACACGGUCAAUAUACCCAUCCAUCGACGACGAGAUCGAGUAUUGCGCUUGGCUUGGCUUCAUCGGGUACUGGUGGUGGUGGGACUGGGAAUGUGAGCACUGGUGAUGAUGAUGACGAUGAAGAGGAAGGAGUUUUAAUACCGGACAGCAAUGCACAAGUGCCUCCGAACGAUUUAACUCCACCGGACAGUCCACCCGGAGCGAUUUGUCUACCUCAAUUGUUUUCAGGUGAUCUGCAUCCUAGUUUAGAAUGCUAUGGAAUCAAAGGAUCAACCGAUUCUCCUCAUUCCAUGGUUUAUUUUGUGGCUAUCAUCGAUAUACUGACACGUUAUGGGAUGCGUAAGCGUACAGCUCAAACGUAUAAAACAGUGAAGCAUGGUUCAGAUGUCACCUCUGUGAAACCGGAAUUCUAUGGUCGUCGUUUAUUGGAUUUUGUUGAACAGUGCGUUGAUUGA